AUGGCGCGACCGAAGCAGGCGAACCCGCGCCAGCUAAGUUCUGAGGACAUCGCCCUCCACAAACUCGAAACCCAGGAACUGCGAACUCCAACCAAAUCACAGCCCUCAUCGCCAAUCUCUCCGCCCAAUGGCGUCUCUGAUUUGUCCAAACCAUUGGUCCAGCGACCUCGUAGACGUUCUAUUGUGUCACAGGAAAUUGCGACCCAUCCAACUGUUGUCGAAUUGGUCAUCUGUGUUGCCGGAAUCUACAUGUCUUUCUUAACCUGGGCUCUCCUCCAAGAACGUAUCGCCACUACCCCAUACGGCCCCAACAAACGUCGAUUCAAAUUCCACCUCGUCCUCCUAACCGUCCAAUCUCUCUGUGCCUCUGCCAUUGGUUACCUCUACAUCCUAUACACCUCCCGUAAUAGCCGAAUACCUCCCAUCUUCCCUACCCGCAAGAUUGGCGCCUACUACCUCCUGAUUGCGAUUUCAUCGUCCCUAGCUGCACCGUUUGGAUAUGCCGCCCUUAACCACAUCGACUACAUCACCUUCAUCCUUGCCAAAUCCUGCAAACUCCUCCCGGUCAUGUUCCUCCAUUUGACCUUGUACCAACGUCGAUAUCCGCUUUACAAGUACAUUGUCGUUUUACUGGUCACCUCUGGCGUAGCCGUCUUCACGUUGUACAACAACCCUGCCGGUGCCGCUAAAAAGCACAAGGGUAGCGAUACCAGCAGUUUGUACGGACUACUCUUACUCAGCAUCAACUUGCUUCUCGAUGGUGUUACGAAUUCCACACAAGACCAUAUGUUUGCAACCUCUGGGGGACUUGUUACGGGACCGCAGAUGCAGUGUGGGUUGAAUUUGGUUAGCAGCCUGUUGACCGCUGGUUGGUUAAUGGUCAAUCCGUGGAGUAGCGAGUUGACGGAUGCGAUUGGGUUUAUGAGGGAGAACCCCAAUGUUGUGGGGGAUGUGAUGGGGUUUGCACUUUGUGGGGCUAUUGGGCAGGUUUUUAUUUUCUAUACCCUCUCUAGAUUCGGAUCUUUAACGCUGGUCACGGUCACUGUUACACGUAAGAUGUUCAGUAUGAUCCUGUCGGUAUUCGCAUUCGGACAUACUUUGAGCUUGAUGCAAUGGUUGGGCGUCGGUCUCGUAUUUGGAGGUAUUGGAGGCGAAGCUGAGAUGAAGAGAAGGGAGAAGAAGGCGAAGGGAGAUAAGACUAAAAAGGCGGAAUAG